GACUCUCAACCAAUCGUUGCAGCCGCGUGGAGCAUCACGGGAACUCCGGGGCUAUAAAAGACCGAGUUGCUAUUUUAUACUCACGGAAUCACUCAUCCUUUAAGUGAGCUGGGUGGGGAUGGGUGCGCCUGCGCUGUUUUAAAGCCCUGCCCCAAACUGCCAACACUUCGCGCAAGCGAAGUAGAUCUUCCUUGCCUGAUAUUACGCGUGCGCACCUACAGGCCUAACCCCGGAAGACCAUACGCUUGCGCAGUGAGAACUACGGUGACCGUACACCCGGUGGGGCGCUGGCCAGUCAUGGCGGAACCUUGGUCUGGGCAGUUUUUGCAAGCUCUGCCCGCUAUGGUGCUCGGAGCGCUGGGCACCCUGGGCAGCGAGUUCCUGCGGGAGUGGGAGACACAAGACAUGCGAGUGACUCUCUUCAAGCUGCUCUUGCUGUGGUUGGUGUUAAGUCUCCUGGGCAUCCAGCUGGCGUGGGGGUUCUACGGGAACACAGUGACCGGGUUGUAUCACCGUCCAGGUCUGGGUGGCCAGAAUGGAUCCACACCUGAUGGCUCCACACAUUUCCCUUCAUGGGAAAUGGCAGCAAAUGAACCUCUCAAAACCCACAGAGAAUAAGGGAAGGCAGCAGCAGAAGGGUCUCCAGAGACAUCACUGGGUCUGCUGGCUCCUAUGUUGCAUCCUGCUGCUGCCCAGACCCCCUUGGACAACUGCAGAGGGCUUGGGGUUGGGGGACUGGAGUACCACAGUGCUUCCAGGGUGAGCCUCCAUUGCCUCCAGCCUUGCUUCCAACAGCUCCAGGUACUGGGCAGGUGAAGUUCGUCUCUACCCUGGUGUGUUGCCCUAAGACUUCUGUCAAGGGUCAGAGCUGAGAAGCAUUCUGGUUGGGGAGGUCAGCAGCCCCCUUUUCACUGUCUUUUUCCUGCCCUCCUCAUGCCCUUGGGAUAUGAUCUUAUAGAGAUUUGUCCUUCUAAGAGGAAUCUUGAGGAUAAUCAGUUCUAAGAUUUAUAAGGCAAGUCUGUUCUCCCCUAAGCUCUGAUUUCCUUGGCUUUGCUUUGUAGGCAAGAAGCCAGCAAAUCCUGGCUAGGCUAGAGCACCAAACAUGUACCUCCCUGGCCCAACUAGUCUUCUAGAUCUGAGGCAGGCAGAGGAAGUUAUCAUUUCCUAACUGACCUGUUUCUCUGUUCUUUGGGGGCAAGUUGAGUACCUGAAAGACAGAGUGCACUAAGAGUCCCUGGUAUUAACUGCCGUCUCCACUGCUCAAGUGCCCAUGGGGUGUUUUGGUUUGUACCUUGUCCCCUCCUAGGGAGGUACUAAGCAGUCAUUGUGCCCUACCUCCUUAUCACUUCCCAUCUUGACAAGGGCCUCAUCUUAAGAGCCUGCUAGUAUCGUUUCAGCCCUUAGGAAUAUCCGUAAGAGUGAGCCACAAUCCAGAUAGCCCUGGGCCCUUCACAGUGGGUCAGGAGAGGUUCCAAAGGGGUGGGUGGCAAAUGUCCCCAGGAAAACACCAAUUUCUGAGAUCACUAUGGUUCCUAAAAGCACUGUGGCCCUGGAUCUGUCUUCUUCUCUAAUGGUUAUACUUCUGCCUGUCUCUGCUGGUUACUAGCUACCUCAGAUGUCCCACUGUCUCUGUCAGAUGUCACAUAGCCUUCUGGCAACCUUUGUCUCCAAAGACUUUGUAGCAGGUGUACUAUAAAUGAAACCGUACUGAGCUCCUCAUGCACAAGUACCUACUCCAGCAAUGCAUCUGUAUGGCAGAAAGAUGUUCUUCACAGCCUCAGGUCCACCCACUGACAUCACUACAAAGAGUCAAGGUCUCACAUUCCACCCCAGGAGUAACUGAAGAUGUGGCAUAUUAAACACAGAAGUGUA